GAUGCCAAACAGCUCGCGCCGGGCCAGGUGUGGGGGUGCUCGGGCGACAGCAGCGGGCCCCUCGGGGCCAGGGCUGGGGCGAGCAUGGCGCUGCCGCUUCUGCCCGGGAACUCCUUCAACAGGAACGUNGGGAAAGAAAAGUUUCACAAAUCUCAACACUGGGGUUAUUGCAAUAACGUUUCUAUGCUGUUGGGAGAAGAUAAACCUGGAAUAGGAGGAGAACCUCUGCUUGGACAGAAGCUGAAACCUAAAUACAGCGUGUUUCCCAGAGGUGUAGGAAGUGAUGCUCCUUCAUGGGUAGCAUUUGAUAAACAGGUAUUGUCUUUUGAUGCCUAUUUUGAGGAGGAAGUGCCUGACAAAAAUCAGGAGCUGUAUAGAAUAAGACAUUGUAAAAUAUACUUCUACCUUGAAGAUGAUACAAUUCAAGUGAUAGAACCUCAAGUGAAAAAUAGUGGAAUACCACAAGGAACUAUUGUCAGGCGCCAUCGGAUUCCACUUCCACCACCUCAUGAAGAUCAGUUCUAUACUAUAGACUAUUUCAAUAUUAACACAGACAUCAUCUUUUAUUCGCGAAGAUAUAAAAUUGUAGAUUGUGAUCAAUUCACAAAAAAUUUUUUGAGGAAGUUGGGAGUAAGAUUAAAUCCUCCAGCAUAUCGUCCAGAAGACCCAUACACUAUGGAACGGCAAAAGAUUGCAGAUAGUAUGAAGCCCUUACGCCCUUACGAGUGCUUCGACACUCUGAGACAGUUUCUAGAGCAUGAUGGGCAUGUCUUACGCUUUUACUGUACAUGGGAUGACACUGAGUCCAUGUUUGGGGUGCCACGAGAACUUAUUCUACACUAUUUUUUGGCUGACGAUACUGUUGAAACAAAAGAAGUGCUAUCAGCGAACUCGGGCCAAGAUGCUGUUCCACUUUUUCUCAAAAGAAAUAAGCUACCGAAGUAUGCUCCAACUGGGCUGUAUCCACCUGGUGCAAUCACAGAUCGCACUGUUCUCAAUGUAUUUGGAGGUUUAGUAGGAAACAAAGGACGUUACAUUCUGGACAAUCGUAAGACAGGGGCAGUGCAUCAGGAGUUUUACAAAGACUGUGACCUAACCAUAGGGUCAGUGAUCAAUGUUUGGGGAAGGAAGAUCAUACUCUGUGACUGUGAUGAAUUUACCAAAGAAUAUUAUCGGAAAAAGUAUGGCAUCAAGGAUUUUACUCCAAUUCCAUACAAGGCUCUGCGUCCUCCAAAAAUAGAAAGGAAGUUUCCACCAUACACUGGAUUUGGGUCUGAAGAGGAUUCUCUUUGUUCCUGCUUGGGUCUGUUUCCCAAACCUCCACAGAAAGAUUUCAAGAAGUUCAUGGAGAAGGACAGAAAUGGCCUUGAAAGUAAUGUGCUGCGCUUUGUUGCAAUACUUAUUACUGAUAAUCCCAUUGACAAGGGUCGGAAGUUCAUCAUUUCUUAUUUUCUGAGUGAUGACACACUUUCAGUGUUUGAGACCACACAGAAAAAUACAGGGAUAUUAGGUGGGAAGUUCUUAGAAAGAGGUCGCAUUAAGAAGCCUGGGCAGGAGCUCUUUAAAAGUGAGCCAUCUGAGUACUACACAGCUCAGGAUCUAUUUGUUGGAGCCAGAGUUUGUUUCCAUGGUCACAACUUUCUGUUGGUCGAUGCUGAUGAGUAUGCUUUCAACUAUAUGGAGAAGCAUGCAAAUGAGUUUUCUAUGGCUGACAUCAACACCAUCCUAAACAAACUAAAAGCUAUUGGAGAACCCAGUUCCAGAGAAAUCAAGCAAAUUUUUGCAGCCACUGACCCUGAACACACCAAGAUGAUUGAAUAUGAUUCUUUUAGAAAUCUGAUGGUGAAUAUCACCAAUGGGAAAUUGUCAGAACAUGAAAUUAUGACUAUCGGGCGUUACUACAGCGUGCGAGAUGACGCUGAAAUGGACGUCAACUUCCUUCUCGCAGUAGUUCAAGAACAGCUGAAGAAAAAUACCUUUGAGAAUUUUCGACAACUCUUUGCCACCUUUGUGUACAAUGACUGCAAAAAAUGUGGAUUACUGUCUCGUGAUGAAUGCAGAACAAUUUGUAAAUCCUUCAGAUUGCCAGUGGCUGAUGAUCUUCUGAGAGCUUUACUGACCAUGUUUGAAGACAGCAAGGAGCAAGUAGAUUAUAAGAAGUUGGUGGAUGGGCUGAAUUGGAGAGAGAAUCCAAUUACUGUUUUCCAGACAAUAAGGAGUCCUCCAAAGUAUGAAGAUGACUGGAGUGGACAGCCACAAUCCCUUCCAGUGAAAAAGAUCAAAUACUUACCCCUAAUAGAGGAUAUGUUUGGCACUGAAGAAUAACUGGUUUAUGCAAGUCAUUUUUUCUGGAUUAGUGUUGCAACGUCAUGAAGCUUACUUGGACAGAUACUGAAAACUUUCCUUAAAAAAUAAAGAAUCACAGAUAUAGAUGACAUUGAAUUAUAUUUCUUAUUCCAGUGUAGAUGUAUAGUUUAUAUUUUUUAGCUCUUUUAAAAUCUAAAGUCCUGUUCUAUAGGUAUGUGUGCAGGCUUAAACUACAUGUAUCCAUUAAAAUGAUUUUCAUAUUUGGUUCUAUGUAGAAUACAAGUACUAACAAAUCUUACAAUGUUAAUGAAUUGUAGCAAAUUCUGACUGGCUCCAAACCAUCCAACAAGAAGAUUUUUAUGAUGAUUACUGGUAAUGUCAUGUCACAAUACUUUGGCACAACAAUUAUGUUAAUUUUUUCUUGCUUUGUGCUUACUUUGUAUCACUUCCUCCAUCAUCCUUUAAUGCUUCUGAAGUGUUUAUGUCAGAAGCAGUUAGUUUAUUCAGGAAAUAAUAGCAGGGUUGGUUAUACUACAGCAUAAAAUUGUUCUGGUAUCAGAGAUAAUUAUAGCCUACAAGUAUAGAAAUAAAUCUCUUA